AUGGUAGAUCAUUUUAUGACUCUUCUUAAUCACUUGAAUUUAGAUAAAUUUUUUAUCGUUGGACAUGAUUGUGGUAUGAAACCUGCAAGUCGUAUAGCUCUGUAUGAACCUGAACGAACAUUGGGUCUUGUCCUUCUUAGUGCUGCUUACAUGCCACCAAGCAUAUUUGAUCUUGAUCAAGCAAUAGCGAAUUCAGCAGCAUAUUGUGGAUAUGAUGCGUUAGGUUAUUGGAAAUUCUUUGAUUCGGAUGAUGCUUCCACAAUUAUUGAAUACAGUUUAGAAAGUUUCAUUGAUCUUGUCUAUGCCAGCAAUACAACACUUUUCAAGACAGAAUUUUCUCCCACUGGAAAGAUGCGACAAUGA